AUGCAUCAGAAAAUUCACACGGGCGAGAAGCCGUAUCCCUGCCCUGAUUGCGGAAAAUGUUACACACGAAAAUUUGACCUUGUUGUACAUCAAAGAUCUCACACAGGAGAAAAGCCGUAUUCCUGCCCUGAGUGCGGGAAAAGUUUUUCACGGAAGUCCGGUCUUGCUGAUCAUCAGAUCUGCCACAUGCAGGAAAGGCUUUAUUCCUGUUCUGAGUGCGGGAAAUGUUUUAAACAGAAGUCUUGUCUUACCAAACAUCAGAGAACCCACAUAGGGGAGAAGCUGCAUCCCUGCGCCGAGUGCGGGAAAUGUUUUACACGGAAAUCAGUCCUUGUUAUACAUCAAAGAUCUCACACGGGGGAGAAGCCGUUUUCCUGCCCUGAGUGCAGGAAAUGUUUUUCACACAAGUCCCAUCUUUACGUACAUCAGAGAUCUCACACGGGCGAGAAGCCGUAUCCCUGCCCCGAGUGCGGGAAAUGUUUUGCACAGACGUCCACUCUUAGUGCACAUCAGAGGAUUCACACGGGUGAGAAUCCUGAAUGUUCGGAAAGUUUUAGCUCUAAAUUAAGUCUUUCUGUACAUCAGAGGUCCCACACAGGGGAGGAGCUUCAUUCCUGUUCUGAGUGCAGGAAAGGUUUUCUUCAUAAAUCAACACUCAUCACACAUUACAGGACUCACACAGGGGAGAAGCCACAUUCCUGUACUGAGUGCAGGAAAUGUUUUUCUCGUACAUCAAGCCUGAAGUUACAUUACAGAACUCACACGGGGGAAAAGCCGUAUUCCUGCCCUGAGUGCGGGAAAUGUUUUAUUAGUAAUUCACACUUUGUUAAACACCAAAGAACUCACAUGGGGGAGAAGCCGUAUUGCUGCCCUGAGUGCGGGAAAGGUUUUCCAUCAAAAUCAAACUUUAUUAGACAUCAAAAAACGCACAUGGGAGAGAAGCCAUAUUCCUGUCCUGAGUGCUGGAAAUGUUUUUCAGAUAAGUCUUAUUUUAGCAAGCAUCAGAGACUGCACACAGGUGAGAAGCCAUAUGCUUGCCCUGAGUGUGGGAAAUGUUUUCAACAGAAUUCACAACUUGUUACACAUCAAAGAUCUCAUAUGAGGGAGAAGCAGUAUUCUUGCCUUGAGUGUGGGAAAUGUUUUUCGCAGCUAUCUCAUUUGAUUGUGCAUCAGAGAACUCACACGGGGAGAAGCCAUAUUCCUGCGCUGAGUGUGGAAAAUGUUUUUCACAGAAGUGAGAAGCCGCAUUCCUGUCCUGAGUGCGGGAAAUGUUUUUCAGAUAAGGCCAAUGUUAUUAAACAUCAGAUAUGCCACAUGGGUGAAAAGCCAUUUUCCUGCCCUGAGUGUGGGAAAUGUUAUGCACAAAAAUCUGAACUUUUUGAACAUCAGAAAUUUCACUCAAGGGCUAAACCGUAUUCUUGCCCCGAGUGCGGGACAUGUUUUGCACAUAGAGGCAGUCUUGUCUUGCACAAGAAAUUGCACACGGACAGGAGGCUGUAUUCAUGUCCCGACUGUGAGAAAACAUUUUACACAAAAGGGUACUCUUACCAAACAUCAGAGAAUCCACACAGGCAAGAAUCUACAUUCCUGUCCCAAGUGUGGGAAAUGUUUUACACAGAAGUCUGGUCUCAUCAGACAUCAGAGAACCCACUCAACCCCCUCUUGCAGUGUAAAAUCUCACAUGAGCUGAAAACCCUAUUCCUGCUCUGCGUCCGGGAAAUGCUUUCCCACAGAAGUCUUGUCUUGCCAAACAUCAGAGAACCUACGCCACCCUUGAGGUGCAUUAGUGCCCUGAGUGUGGGAAAUGUUUUCCCACAGAAGUCUAGUCUUGCCAGACAUUGGAGAUUGCACACGGGAGAGAAGCCGUAUUCCUGCCCGGAGUGCGCAAAAUGUUAUUCACAAAAAUCAGACCUUCUUAUACAUCAAAGGACCCACACGGGGGAGAAGCCGUAUUUCUGUUCCGAGUGCGGGAAAUGUUUUUCGCAGAAAUCAGAACUUGUCAUACACCAAAGAUCUCACACGGGGGAAAGUCCAUAUUCCUGCUUUGAGUGCGGGAAAGUUUUUUCAGAAAGGGGCAGUCUUUCCCGACAUCAGAGAUUGCACACGGGAGAAAACUUGUAUUCCUGUACGGAGUGCGGGAAAUGUUUCCUGGGCAAAUCUGACCUUGUUACACAUCAAAGAUCUCACUCAGGGGAGAAGCCGUAUUCCUGCUCUGAGUGCGGGAAAGGUUUUUCACAGAAGUCCCAUGUUCUUACACAUAAGAGGUCUCACACGGGGAGAAGCCGUAUUCCUGUCAUCUGUGCGGGAAAUCUUUUUCGCAGAAGUCAAAUCUUACCGCGCAUCAGAUAUGCCACACGCAGGAAAAGCUGUUUUGCUGCCCUGAGUGCGGGAAAUGUUAUCCGCGGAAAUCAUCGCUUCUCACGCAUCAGCUAUCUCACACGGGGGAGAAGCCGUUUUCCUGCGAGUGCGGGAGAAGGUAUACACGGAAAUCAGACCUUGCGAAACAUCAGAGAUCUCACAGAGUGGAGGUGCUGUAUUCCCGCCCUUAGUGCGGGAAAUGUUUUCUAUUUAUUUAUUUAUUGUCAUGUUUUCUAA